AUGUCUCAUCACUAUGAAAAACGUCCACGUGUCAGCCUUGAGCAAGACGUCCAGGACCCAACUGAAAGACAGGACUUGACAUUUACACAGGCUCCCCUAGCUGAAGAGAAGGAAAAAGAAGGGGAGAAAGCCAGCAAUGAUGAGAAAACUACCUCUUCCACAUAUGCCUCUUUAAAUGUCGCUCCUUUCUCUGGUCCUCACCCCUCCUCCCUUUCCUUACCCUAUUCUCUGGCUCAGGGUGAUGCACAGGGUGCAGGACCUUCUACAGGGAUGCUGAGGAAUUCCCGGGGACUUCAGAGAUCUUACUCCUCCAUUUCAUGGAGCAGGUUACAUGAAGAGUCUGGACGCCAGAAAGGAAAGAAACGUGUAGGCACUGUCCAGCCUAUAAUAGACACUGAAUCCUUGUGGAAAAAACGUCAAACCAAAAUGGUGAAUAAGUUGGUGAAAGUCCUGGUCCUCAAAUACAGAAAGAAGACAUCCAUCACACAAGUGGAAAUGCUCAAGGUUGUCACCAAAUCGUGGCAGAAACAAUUCCCUCUCAUCUUCAAGAAAGCUGUUCAGUGCUUGGAGGUGAUUUAUGGUAUUGAUGUAAAGAAAAAUGACCAGAUGAGCAGUUGUUACAUCCUUGUCAAUUCACUGAACCUCACCUAUGGAGACACAAUGAUGCCUGGCCAGAGACUGCCUCGAAAUGGCUUCCUGAUACUUAUCCUGGGUUUAAUAUUCAUAGAUGGAAACUCUGCCUCUGAAGAAAGUGUGUGGAAAUUCCUAAAUACGGUAGGGGUUUAUGAAGGAAUAAUGCACUCCAUAUAUGGGGAGCCCAAGGGAUUCCUGACCAGAGAGUUGGUGCAGGAAAAGUACCUGGAGUAUCAGCAGGUGCCUAACAGUGAGACUCCACGCUUCAAUUUCCUGUGGGGUCCAAGAGCCCAUGCUGAAACCAAUAAGAUGAAAGUCCUGGAACAUUUGGCCAAGUUUACAGGCAGAGACCCAGCAUAUUAUUCCUUCAUGUAUGCUGAGGCUUUCAGAGAAGAUGAAGAGAGGGCCUGGGCCAGAGCUUUCCUCUUGAAUAGUGCUAGUGCCAUACUGAUUGCGGACCAUUUGCUGACAACUUCUGCUAUGCAAAAAGAGGAACCGGUUUCUUCUGCUGUUGAAGAGGACAGCGAAGAUUCCCAGUAA